AGAAGGCCUUCCAAGCCUCACCGUCUCUCAGACCCAGAAAGCCAAGACACAAAAGAGUGUAUAGGGGCGACCUGACUUGGUGAGAAAACAGACAGAUGGCUGCAACAAUGAACCUGACACUUCUUGUUGUAGCUCUGAUUGCAGCAGCAACUGUGCUACCUAGAACACAAGCUGCCCAAUAUGUUGUAGGAGAUACCACUGGUUGGAAUCCUUCCGGCGGCGCCACCUUUUACACCUCCUGGGCUGCCAAGCAUAACUUUUCAGUUGGUGAUAUUCUGGUCUUCAACUUCACCACUGGAGUACAUGAUCUUGCGACAGUUAGCCAAGUCGCUUUUAAUGCCUGCAACACAAACACUACUAUCACCCGUAUAACCACUGGACCAGCCAAUUUCACCCUCAAUUCCAACGUAAGCUACUACUUCAUCUGUACCUUCCCACAGCACUGCUCCAAGGGACAAAAGUUAGCCAUUACUGUCAAGGCUUCCUCCGGCACUCUACCACCUCCAACCGGAGUUACAUCAGCACCUCCGCCUCCACCGAGUGCUUCAUCUGCCUCAUCUCAAGCUUCUACUUUCCUUCUUAUUCUCAUGACCAUUGCCUUACCUAUCUUUUAUCUAUUUUAGUUUCUUUUUUUCUUUUUUUUUUCUUGUCUAUCUCAUAGUUUUGUUUGUUUGUUUGUUUGUUUUUUUUUUUUUUUUUUAAGUGAGCUUAUGUGGGUUUUGUCACUUCAUAUAUACACAAUUUCCAUUUGAUGAUA